AUGUACAUAGCCGGUGCAACUGUCCCUAUCUCAACUUCUCCUUAUAUUGCAAUGGGUCGUGCACUUUUCUAUGAUGGUUUGAUUCAAUUUUUGGCUGGUUUAUUUGAAUUGAGCUUAGGAAAUAAUUUUCAUGCAUUUAUAUUUUGUUCUUAUGCUAGUACAUUUAAUUUUCUUAGCGGCGUAAUCGAUACCAGUGUACAAUAUAAAGCAUUAGAUGUUUUCUAUGUUGGAUGGACAAUAUUUACCUUAGCUAUGUUAAUUGCAUCAAUUCGAACAAAUGUAGCUUUAAUAUUAUUUUUCUUUUUUUUUUUAUGUCAACUGAUGGGUUAUUUACAACCAGUUACUUUCUUUUAUGGGAUCAAAAUAUGUCAUGCGCAGGAGGAGCUGUUGGAAUAUUUACAGCAGCAAUUGCGUGGUAUGCAGGAUUUGGAAGUUUAA